UUCUCUCUCUUACACACUCCCUCUCUCUUUUUAGCAGCAACAUACAAGCCGGCCAUAUUAGAGAGAUGGAAAUAAAGCUUCCUUAAUGUUCUAUGUGUCUUUGAAGUAUAUUUGUGCUUUUUUUUUCUUUUCCUUUUGUUUAGCAUUUAACCAUUCCUUUCUUGUAGCCCUCUAAUCACCCUCUCCCAUACCCCACCUGACUAACAUCUCAUUCUCUGAAAAUGCACAGGGCUGCUUGGCUACCUCGCCCUGCCUUCAGUCUCACGGGGCUCAGUCUCUUUUUCUCUUUGGUGCCACCAGGGCGGAGCAUGGAAGUCACAGUCCCUACCACUCUCAAUGUCCUCAAUGGCUCAGAUACACGCCUGACCUGCACCUUCAACUCCUGCUACACAGUGAAUUAUAAACAGUUCUCCAUGAAUUGGACCUACCAGGCAUGCAGUAACUGCUCUGAGGAGAUGUUCUUCCAGUUCCGCUUGAAGAUCAUUAACCUGAAGUUGGAGCGGUUCCGAGACCGAGUGGAGUUCUCAGGGAACCCUAGCAAAUAUGAUGUGUCUGUAACACUGAAAAAUGUGCAACUGGAGGAUGAGGGCACCUACAACUGCUAUAUCAAGAACCCGCCAGACCGCAACCGUGGCCAUGGCAAGAUCACCCUCAAGGUCCUCUUGGAAGAGCCCCCUGAACGGGAUUCCACAGUGGCAGUGAUCGUGGGUGCCUCCGUGGGGGGCUUCUUGGCUGUGGUCAUCUUGGUGCUGAUGGUAGUGAAGUGCGUGAGGAGGAAAAAAGAGCAGAAACUGAGCACGGAUGACCUGAAGACAGAGGAGGAGGGCAAGACGGAUGGAGAGGGCAACGCAGAGGAUGGCACCAAGUAGGGGCAGCUGGCUCAUGGCCCCUCAUGUUCUAUUUCCCUCUCACCCUCUGCCCCCAAAGUGUUCCCCAACCUGCCUUCUCUCAGUGUGCUUCUCUUGAACCAGGACCCCAGGGCUCUCCUGGGAACUCCUGAACCCCUCAUAUUGUGUCCCCAACCCUACACCAAGAAUGAUCCACCUCUCUUUCAUUUGGGAAACCCACCACAGCAUCUGGGAUGUAUGAGCCCUGAGGGAGGGAGAAGUGGGCUCAAAACUGCCAGCUCUUGAGAGGAGGCCUAGGUGGGGACCCAGAGAGAAAGGGGGAGGGUGGGCAAUGUUGAGGAGGAGUUCAGCUGUCCAGCCUGCCCAAUGCUAGAUCUAGUGAUGACUUUAGAGAAGAGCUAGGGUGGGGGUAGAUAGCAUAAUGGUUAUGCAAAGAGACUCUCAUGCCUGAGGCUCCAAAGGCCCAGGUUCAACACCCUAAACCACCAUAAACCAGAGCUGAGAAGUGCUCUGCUAAGAGAGAGAGAAGAGCUAUGGGUGAGAGUGGGGACUUCGUGUGCCAACCCAAGAUGGCCUCCUUGCUGGUAUUGUCCUGGGAAGCUCUGUCUGGGGGUGGAGAUGGGCUCCUAUGACUUGGGGUGUGUGUGUGUGUGUAGAUAUUUUAAGGGAAUAGCUGUGCAUUGAAGGAAAACCAGGGUAGGAGGCAAACUGGAGAUAGGCCUAUCCCAGGAGCUCAGUUCACCCUCUUUUUAGAAGCCUGGUAGUGCUUUGUUGACUACUGAUCCCUUAAGGCUUUUGGUGAGAAUAACACCAGAACAGCAGUUGUGUUGGAUCAUGGUGGGUUGAGUUCUAGCUCAGUUUCAUCUUCUACCAUAGUUAUACAACAACCCGAGAUGAGUUUCAAACUCAACUAAACAGCCCAAGAACUAGAGGUUUCCUUUUAAAAUGGAGUUUCUUUCAGGCUGACUUCUUCAACAAGAUGGCUGCCAUGGUCCUGGGCCAGGAGCAUCCACAGGAUGGAGAUGGCAGGCAGGACCACAUUUGAGACCUUGGUUUAGACUUCCCCAGUUCAGAGGGGGUUUGAGCCCUUGGCGGCCUUGGAAAUCCUGUGGCCAUGUCACAUUAGGAGCCAAUACCCCCCUCUCCUGCCCUACACUUCCCUCCUCCAUUGGGAAGAAAGAAGGGUUUGUGGGGAGUCAACUUUCACUGCCAUUUAAUCACCCAAAGGGAAUAAUUUAAGUUUCAAGAGAGGGAGGGGGACAGAAACAGAGAGAAACUCCUCACUUAAGACAGUAUGACCUUGAGAGACCCUCACUGCUGCCACAGAUGGGGACAUAGGGUCAAACUGACUGGAACCCAGGGUCACACUGUCUCUUCUGGCUCCCCUGUUUCCAGUUUGAGUCACUAGAUUUCCCAAUGGAAGGGACCUAGGAGGUGAGGGAAAGAGAGAAGACCUCAUCUUCUAGGAGUUGGGCCCCUGCAGGUUGGAAGGGGAAGGUUGGAAGGGAUGGAGUGAUGGGGAGGGCAGAAAUCCUUUUAUGCCCCUUUUGGCCUCGGGAUGGCCCUUUGCACCAUUUCCCAGUUUUUUCAGAAGCUCAGUUACUGCCCUGGCUCAGAGAUUCUGUGCUUAGGUAGGGUCUGAGUCUGGGGGAAGGGAGAGAAGACUGACAGUCUCAGGGACCACACUCUGCCUCUGCCUAUCAGAUGGCCAAUUUGGGGAGAAAGAAAGAGCAUCCAGGAGCUUCAGUUUCCUUCAUUUCUGUUCAACAUCCAUUUAUUGAACAGCUGCUAUGUGCCAGGCUGGUGCAGGUGCCAGGGCGCACACAAAGCCAUAACACAGUUGGUGACUGCCAAGACAACAUUGUGGGGACCAAGAUGAAUUAAUUUUUGGUGCAUCUAAUUCCAUCUCUGCAACUACCACUUCUAGGGCUGGAGUGGCAGAAGAAGGAGGCUCAGGAAUCUGGGCCCUGCUAGGAAGGGAAGAGGGAAAGUAUAAUAGGGAAAAUUGUGAGAGGCGAGAGAGAGAGAGAGAGAGAGAGAGA